CGACGACACCUUGACCAACGUUUCUCUCAACCUAGACCCCACCACCAUGGCUUCCAGGUCCCUCGCCGUCCUCCGCGGAUCCGCCCGCAUCGCCGCGCGCCCCGCCGUCGGCCGCUCGCUGCACGCCGCCUCGGUCCUCCGUGCGGCCCAGCCUUCCACCCCUCCCUUCUCCGAGUCGGUUGGCAUCAACCCCGCGACCAAGAUUGGCGCCCAUGCCUCCAAGCCGCUCCACGAGUUCGGACAGUACUUGACCACCCUGCUGCCCAAGUACAUCCAGCAGUUCUCGGUCUACAAGGACGAGCUCACCCUCUACAUCCCCCCUGCGGCCGUCGUCCCCGUCCUUACCUUCCUUCGUGACCACACCCAGACCCAGUACAAGCAGGUUAUGGACAUCACUGCCGUCGACUACCCCACCCGCGAGAAGCGCUUCGAGGUCGUCUACAACCUCCUCUCGGUCGCCCACCAGUCGCGCAUUCGUGUCAAGACGUACGCCGACGAGGUCUCGCCCGUCCCCUCGGCAACUGCCGUCUUCGAGGGUGCCAACUGGUACGAGCGCGAGGUCUGGGACAUGUACGGUGUCUUCUUCGCCGGCCACCCCGACCUUCGUCGUAUCCUUACCGACUACGGAUUCGAGGGCCACCCCCUGAGGAAAGACUUCCCUCUGACGGGUUACUCCGAGGUCCGCUACGACGAGGAGAAGAAGCGUGUCGUCUACGAGCCCUUGCAGCUCACCCAGGCGUUCCGUAACUUUGCCGACUCGGCAUCGCCCUGGGAGCAGGUCGGCUCGGGUGUUGACUCGACGCCCGAGAACUUCAAGAUUCCUCCUCCCCCUCCCCCCGCUGAAGAGAAGAAGUAGAGACUCCAACGGUGCUCACGAUGACGCUGUUGGCUAUGCAGGUGUAACAGGCACAAUCUGGCCCAUGCAAGCAAUGUACGAGGCGGGGGCGAGGCACCUCGCGCGUGCGAGGCGGCAGGGCAGCUCGAUGUGGAGCUGUGGCACCCGCCGCGUACGAGCAGGCGGGGCAGCGGCGAUGAGGUAUUGGAUAGGGGGCGUACCGAGACGUGAACAGUUGGCAGG